CUGCUGCUGCUGCUGCUGCUGGCGGGCGCCGUGCGGCGCUGCCCGGCCCAGCACUGGUCCCACGGCUGGUACCCGGGCGGCAAGCGGGGCCUGGCUCCCCAAUCCUGACCGUCUUGGGGUCCCCGCCUCGUGCCCGCGCGCGGCCGCAAGAGCCGCCACGACCCGCCCGCCAAGUCCAAGGCGUCGCGCCUCAAGGUGCCGCCGCCCGUGGAGCCGGAGGAGCUGCUCGUGGUCACCGAGCGCUACCGGCAGCACCGCCGCGUGCUCAGCGCCCUCCGCUGCGAGUUCCGAGCCGAGGUGAAGCGCAGGAAGCAGGAGGCGCUGGCGGGCGGCGAGGACGCGGCGCAGCACGCGGAGGAGCACCGGCUGCUCAUGGCCUGGAACGAGGCCGAGAACGCGCGGCAGCGCGCGCGCAGGGAGGAGAGGAUUCGGAAAGAAGAGGAAGAGCGGAGGAGGCAGAAGCUGGAGGCUGAGGAGAGCAAGGCYAGGCUAAUGGAGGCCUUCCUGAAGGAGAAGGAGAAAGAGGUUCUGCAGCUGCAGGAGGAAGCCAAAAACUUCAUCACYCCCGAAAACCUGGACGCGCGGAUUGAGGAGUGCCUGGACAACCCCCGCAACUACAACUUUGCCAUCGACAAAGAAGGCAGGAUCGUGAAACGGACUGUUCUGUCCUAGCGGCUCCCCUGGUGGGAGCGGAGGUUUUGGCCCUGAUUUCUGUCCAGAGGCUGAGCCCGUGCCCUGGUGGGAGGAGGUUUCCUCCUUGGAAUGCAUGGAUCAGCCAUGGAAUUGUUGCACAGGCAGCCUGCAGCUCUCACUGCGGUUCCGCUGCUCCAGGGUAACGGCCCCGGUGGCA